UCAUCUUCAUCAUCUUCAUCUACAUCAUCGUCAGCAGCAGCAGCAGCAGCAGCAACAACAGCAACAUUACCACCACCACCGCCGCCACCACCGCUACCACCUCCACCUGCGAUACCGCCAUCGCCAUCACCACUACUAUCAUCAUCGUCUUCUACGCGAAACAACGUACCCAUCGACGAGUACGCUUUUGACGGUACGCGCAUCAAGAAAGAACAAAGUGACACUUGUCUCGAGAACGGUGACGGCGCCGGUGCCAGCAACAACGUCAGUGGAUCAAACAGUGGUGGUGGCGGUGGUGUUGGUUCUGGUUCUGGUUCUGGUGCUGGUGCUGGAGGAAACGCUGCUGCUAUCACAAAAGCCGGUAUCAACGACAACAAGAGAGGACCGGGGGGUACCCCCGCUACUCCAACUGCUGGUAGACUCUCCAACGGGUUCCACGAAGGCGACCUACUUCAGGACAUCAUCGCGGCCAAGUUCACGACCCUGGCGAAUCACGGUUCCACCGGCAAAAACGACAAGAUUCGUCUGAUGAUCGAGGACAGCGUCAGCGAAGAAUCAAAAUCACGAGUUCAGGAAAUAUUUUCCCAAGUUGAGCAACUUAAAAUAGAAGAAAAAUUGUUGCUGUAUCUGAAGCUACCAUUGUCGUUGAACAAUACAGGAGGAACCGUUGAUCCAUUGAGGCAGCCAUUAAAUCCAUUAGGAAAUCGUUAUGAAAUUCAUCAGACUAUUAUGUGGAUUAAAACACAUUUGGAAGAGGAUCCUGAAGUUUCAUUACCGAAACAAGAGGUCUAUGAAGAAUAUAACAUGUACUGUAUAAGGAAUUCUAUGAAACCGCUAUCAACUGCAGAUUUUGGAAAAGUUAUGAAACAAGUUUAUCCACGGGUACGUCCUCGAAGACUAGGCACACGAGGCAAUUCUCGCUAUUGUUAUGCAGGAAUGCGCAAAAGAGUUAAAUUGGAAGCUCCAACGUUGCCUAACAUAUCUGGAACACAAACUGAGGAUGGUACGGAAGAAAAUAUUACUGAAGAAAUGCUAGGUGCUGCUUCAACGUUAAUUAGGGAAUGGGCAGAAAAUCUGUUAGGUUUUAAAUUUCCAACAUUGAGUGCCUUAGCACGUCAUCUUGUGGAUAAUGUUUGUGUCGAUGUACGAUCGUUAGCUGCCAUAUGCAUUUUAUCUGCUUCAAGGAAACCGGAUACUUCAUCCAACGAAGAGUCAACAACUGAUUUGUCAGUUACAUCGAUAACUGGAAAACCAGGAAAAUUAAGAGAAGCGCAGAUACAAUUACAACGUAAGCUACAACAACGAGAACAUAUAAAAGAUCAAAAGCAUAGGCACAUUGACAAUGUUACACUGAAUCAGAGUAAAGAGAAGAUAGUUGAUAAUAAAGCAGGAGUGAAUAAGGGAAGUAAAAAAGUUAAGACCAAUCAAUCGCCUCAGGGUACAAAUACGCCAGCUGGACAAUAUGUGUUAAACAAACAUAAUCUACCUGCCACUGUUACAGUUCGGCAGAAAAAGGUUCUUAAAGCUAGCAGUCAAGCUUGCAACAACGUUUCUCCGGAAUCUAACUGUGAUAAUAUAGUGGUACAAUCGAUCGAAGAUGUUCAGAAUAAUAGCAGCACUAGAGUAGUAACGACCAAUUGCGUUAAUUCAAAGCGAGACGUUAAACCUAAAAAUUCCAGAAAGCGUGCCAAUCUCAAUGUACCAAAUCAACCAUCGGAAUCCAGUCCUGAGAAGCAAACUAAACUUGCAGAACAGCAGGUACAUGAAAAUGUAGAGCAUUCCAGUAUGUUGUUACCUAGGCUCUCAUCUGUACAACGUGCGGGGAAAAUAUCAGUGAUAUUAGCUAGUAACCUGAAGCCUACCAAGUGUAAAGCCACAGAGGCUGUUAGUAAUCAGCCUGCCAAAAACUGUGAUAUUGAAUUGCCAAUAUGUUCCAAAAAUUCCAUCAAAAUAAAUGGUUGUCCCAGUAAUUUUGAUUCCAAUGGAAAUGGAACUGAAACAUCGACUCUAUUAACCAAGGAUCAACUAAGAUUGUUGCAAGAAAAUUCAAACCUCAUAAGUAAGAAUGAUAAGCUAUGUUCCCUCGAUGCGGAUGCUUUGGAUGAUUAUUUAAACGGGGGUAAUAAUUCUCAAGAACAAGAAGAGGAAUUGUUGCAGUAUUUUCAACAGAAUAGUUCGUCUAGUUCAGAUGUAGAGGCAAAUGCCAUUACCGGUGACACAGAACAAAUCUCAAGAUCCGACAAAGUGUCUCAGCUAAGAUUAAUAUUAGAACAAAAUUUAAAGGCUGGUACCGAGCACCCACCUAUCGACAUAGUAUCCGCUACUAUUGUCAGGCAGAAUACGGUUAGUGAAAAACAGGAGGUUACUCAAACGCAUAAUUUGAUACUUCCAACAUUGUUAAAUCAUUCGAAUCAGACUAAUACCAGACGCAGGGUUAGUUUUGAAACGAAUGUCGUCGAACAUGUACAAGAUUCCAAUGUUGUUGCAAAUACCGUACCUCAAAGCCCAAAUACGCGUCGUAGGAUAUUUAAUUUCACACCAAUAUCGCCUGGUCCACAUUCGCCUAUCAAUGGUCGUGCUUCCAAAUCUAAUUCAGCAAAUGCGAGUCCCUUCGUAUCACCAAGAAAUACACCAGUGCCUCGAUCACGGAGUAAUCUACAGGGUGGCAGUUUUAGAUCACGAGCAAGUCAAAAAUCAUUGUCGCGUUCCAUAUCAUGCAGCAUGCCAUAUACUGGAAAGAACGAUACAUUUGUAGUACCUACUAGUGGUCCUGAAUUAGUACGACAGGUGUCCAUGCCGCAAUCACCUCUUACUUAUACAAAGUCAUCUGAAGUACAAGUUGGUGGUAGCACGACGCACAUUGCUAUAACAUCCAAGCAAGAAAAUCAAGGAUCACAAUGCCCUCCAUUUUUAGCAUCUGAUUUGGCACCGCAAAAACAACUGCUUAUUAAUUAUCCAAGCCAAGAAAAUUUACAAGAGAUUAAGAACGUUUAUCAAAGAUCACAACCAACAGAUCAGGAGAUCAGUGAAUUAUUGCUUGGCAAUAAACAGUUUACCACAGAACAGCUUUUUUAUAGAUCGCAAUCUGUUCCUUUACAUCGUAUGGUAAAUCCAGCGUUAAUGUCUCCUAUCUCAACGCAACAGUGUAUCUCAAGUUUUCAAAGUCAUAGUUUUAAUCCAUCAACAAGCAGUUCAAUAGCUCCUACUCCUGUACCUAGUGAAUUCAAUGACUUUGGUUCUAUAGGUCAAUCAGAAGGGACUUCUUAUUUAUUAAAUGACGUCGAUCCUAACUUUAUAUCGGACGAUCAACAAUUUUUAAUGAACGACAAAGAGAUUUCAACGGAAAAUAUAACUAAUAUUCUUAAUAUACUGAGUGAGGAGGGAUCACAAAGUUUACAGAUUUUACCUGAACAAUCUGGUGAAGAAGAUUUGAUAGAUAAUAAUGGAAUAGUUUUAGAUACUUUACCUAAUUCUAAUAUCAAUUUGUCUGAAGAGGACAUGUUAGACUCUUCUAAUGUUCUUGAUAGUUCGGUGAAUGGAGCAUUGCAGAAGAUCAUGCAAUCUCGUUCUUAUCCAAAUACGCCACUUCCUGCACCGGUAUCAACGUAUACACCAUCUUACGCAGAAGAUAGUAAUGGUUCAAGAUCGUAUCCAUCGACACCUUUGCAUACAGUUCAAUCUCAGGAAGUUUAUCAAGAGUCUAACGAACCAAUGCUCUCAAGUCCUACGUUAAAUUCAUUGAAUUUACACGGAGACACAACGAGUAUUACAACAUCGGAUAAUGGUUGUAGGAACGUCGCAGAUUUACUUGGAACCACCUUCCUAGAAGAGCACGACGGUGAAACAGACGAUUUGGAUCCUCUUAGCAAUUUUGAUGGAUUGCAAGAUGUUGAUCCAUUGACUCCUUUGUUCAAUGAAGUGACAGAGCCUAAUCGUUGAAAAAAAGGUCUAUUAUUGACACGAGGUAACUCAGAUAUUAUAUUGCAUUCUUUAUAGAAAUUUAUUAAAUAUUUUUUUAUUUAGUAGUUCUCUCGCAUGUUUUUC